AUGGACGCGUGGAACCCAACCCCUCUGGCCCCCUCCUCCCUGUCCUUCCCCAUUCAGCAUCUGGCCGCGCUGUCAGCCCAUGCGGAAGCCAUCCGCGCCAAGGUGCGCGGAGUGGGGAAGUCUGUCCGCGGACUUGAGGGGCGGAAGGCGCAGAGGGGGGAAAUGGAGGGUGGGGAUGAGCGGGGAGAGAACAAGGAGGAGCGAAGUGGGGAGGACGGUGGAAAGCAGGAUCAGGGUAAGAAGGAAAAGGAGGAGGAAGGGGGGAAGGGGGAGAAGGAGGGGGGGGAGAAGGAGGGGGGAAUGAGGGACGAGGUGAAGGAAAAGACGAUUGAUUUGGUAGACGAGACAACGGAGGAAGGAGAUGAAGAAAUCUUGAAUACGAACUCUGCUGGAGAAGCAAGGGAGGAGAUGACGCUUGGGCUGCAGCACAAACAAGGAGAAGCGCCAGUAGAGGCAGCAGGAGAAGGGCUGGGAAGGGAGGGGAGAGAAGGGCGCGCGGCAGAGAGGCCGGGAGAAGCAGGGAGGUGUGAGGGGGAUGACGAUACAGAGGAGUGUGAGCGGGAUGAGGAGGCUGAGGAGGCUGAGGAGGACGUAAUGGAGGAAGGAGUUGGGGAGAACUGUCACUCAGAUGAGAUUCCCUUCCCCCAUCCUUGUGCUUUGCCCCUCCCACUCGUUCCGCUUCCCUUUCUCUUUUUCCGUGUUCCGUUCCUUCUUCCUGAUAUUUACAAAGCUUUCCCGCUACUUACACUCUUUGUUGCUCCUCUUGAUUCCAACUCUCGUUUCUCCAUCACCCCGCACCGUCCAUCUGCCUCCCCUGCCCUUCUCUCACAGCCCCUCGGCACUGCAGCAGGCCGCUCCUUUCUGCAUUCUAAGGGAGAAGGGCAGGAGAAAGGGGCAGAGGAGACUGGGGCUAGGGAGAACAUGCAGGGCAGCAUGAUUGCAGGGAGGCGCAGACGGGUGAGCAUGGUGGGGAGUGAAGAGUGGGAGUAUGGCGACUGGGAAGGGGCAGAAGAGCCCCUGGCGAAUGAACUGUUAGUGUCUGUGGAGCGAUGGGCACGGGACGCAGGGCUGUGCGGAGCAGCAGCAGUGGCAGAAGCAGCAGCAGAUGGGCAAGGUUCAGCAAGCGAGGGAGGUGGUUCACGUGUGGAGGUGCAGAGUGCAUUGGGUGGCAAUCCAAGUGAGAGCGAGAUCAAGGCGCGUGUGUGGGGGGAGAUAGACACCUUGCUGUGGCUGUCACGGCGUGAAUUCUCCUCUGAUAGGGAGCGGCUUGUGGAGAAAUGUGCCCUCGCUGCAGCUGUCCACUUCCUCACCUCUUUGCCCCUCACGGAGCAGCAGAUCAACCCCCCAGCUGCUGCUGCCCAUCCGACCACCCUUCCUGCCCGUCAAAACCCUGCUGCUGAGCGUCCGAACCACCUGCCAGCAUCACAGGAGAUCGCCCCUGCAACGCAGCAGCUCAACCCCCCAUCGCAGCACAUUGCACUCAGCGGCUGCCACCUCAACCACUUUCUCGCCCUCGCUCCCACCUUCCGCCCCACCCUCCUCCCCUCCCUCGCCUCCCUCACAACCUACCGCACCUCCGUCUCUCCCCGCGACAUGCUCUUCCUCCUCCGCCUCCCUGCGCUCACCUCCCUCUCCUUCCAUCAAACCCGCGUUGUUCCCGAAGCCCUGCUGCUCCUCCAGUCCUUCACCCGCCUCCACCGACUCAUCCUCGACUGCCCGGGCCCAUCAACCCUGUCUUUCAAGCCUUCAAAGGGGACAUUGCCUUUGAGGGGUCUGAGAGAGCUGCAUGUGAGCCGGGUGACUGACUCUGUUCUGCAGCAGGUGGGGAUGCUGACGAGCCUUGAGGUCUUUUCCUGCACGUGCAGCGAGGGGGUGAGUUUCAGGGGCUGGAUGUCCCUGCAGUGGUUGCAACAGCUGAGACUGCUCCGAGUGGGACCAGCACAUCUGGACCGUCAUGCUUUGAGAAUUGACUAUCCCAACGGCCGCUUGCCGACGGUUUCGCGGGUGUUUGAGAGGCUGGUGAAGACGCAAGAGGAUGCUGCUGCUCGGAAGAAGAGUGUUCAAGAAGUGACACACUUGAAAAGGUUGACGAGGCAAGAGGAUGAUGGCAAUGAUGAUGAUGGCGGGGUGUGGACUGUCGUGAGUUUGCUGCAGCGUCUGCAGUGCCUGGAGCUGCAUGGAAUCCCCCACUCUAUCUACGCCUGCGUGUCUCUGGUAGAGCUAAGCCUUCUCACCUCUCUCCACAUCACCGGCACUUGCCUUGGCAACGACGCGUUCACACGGUUGACUAGCUUGACCUGGUUGACCCACCUCAGCCUCGCCGGGUGCACGUUCACAACUGAUGGUCUCGUGAUGAAAAUAGCACACUGCCUGCCGAGUCUCGUGUUUCUGGACCUCUCGGGAACGGCCGUCACCCAAGGCGACACCGUCAACAUGCAAUCUCUCAAGUGCUUGAAGCACUUAAAGCUGCAGCAGUGCUGCAACAUUGGCGGCCCGUUUGUGCGGUACCUCUGCCUUGUGCCGCGGCUCAGGGUGCUGGACCUGGGCUUUAACCACAUGCCGGCUGUGUGGUUGACACAUAUUGUUGAGGGGAAGAGAGUGAGAAGGCUGAGUGUGAGGGGGUGUGGGUACAUGGGGAAGACGGUGUGUGGGCUUGAACGGCCGUGGAUUGUGAUCGAGUCCUAA